UUUUAAUUUAUGUUUUAUGUUUUUUUGUCAAUUAAGUGUCAAAUAAAAUGCACCACUCCAGCAUGAAGGUGGAUCUGUCCAACUUUUUCAAGGACGAACGUCGGCAGUCGUUGGUUUUUAUCGAUGCAACUUGGCAAAACAUCAAAGACGUCCAGGAUCAUAUUCAAAACCUCUUCAGUUUGAAGGACAUCAGCCUGCUGACCACAGAUGGAUGUUUUCUGCCCCCCAGGGAAUCCAUUAAAGUACUCAAAUCUGCCGAGGGACUAAAGGCCUUUCGGUUCGCCAAUAAUGACAAGGAUGCUUUUGUGAGUCCUGCUCCAGUGAAAUCCAGCAAGAAGCGCAAGAACCGUUCCGCCGAGGAUGAGGUUCUCCUAGACUCCUCCACUCCCCUGCGCCCAUCAAAGCGCUCGAAAAACCAAAACAACACAAAAUGGCUCAAAAUUGAGGGGAAAACAUCUCCUGUGAGAGCGGAGGAACGUGAAGAAGAGGCUCCUGGACCUUCUGUGGAGUCAAAGCGUUCUAAAAAUAAAGGCUCAGCUAAAACGCCUGAAAUUCAGUCAGAAAUUAGUUCUGCGACAUCAGAAGAAGAGCCAACAAAGAAGAAAAAGAGUUCCAAAAACAAGAACCUCCAUAAAUCGUCUGAUGUUCGUGCGGAAACACUUCAUUUAACAACUGAGCUGCAGGAAAAGGGAACCUCUGCUUCAACGAGUACUUCCCGUUGCACUUCUAAGGAGACAAAAAUGUCAAAAAACAAGAGCCUCGCAAAAUCAUCCGAGAUUCAGUCAGAAAAAUCUAUUACCGUAGCGCUGGAGAAAGACGAAGCGGCACAGAACGAAUAUAUUUCAAUUUGUAAACGUUCCAAAGUCAACAGUCCAUUGGAAUCUCCUAAAAUUCCAUCGGAAACAUCUCAUUUAGCACCUUUGGACCAAAUUAAGCAGAGUACCAACACGCUAAAUCGUUCCAAAAACCAGAAUUACCCAAAAUCGCCUAUAAUUUCUACUACUGCGGCGGAUCAGGAAGGGGAAACUUCUCCUCGUCCAUCGAUUUCAUUUCGUUGCCCCCUCUUGGAGCUGGACUCCAAUGUUGCACGCUCAUUCGAAAUUCCAAAAAAGAUAAACGAGGUUAAAAUUCUAGAACAUAUAGUAAUUACACCCAUUAGCAAUCGCUAUACACCGAGAAAAGACAAGGAUAUAGCCAAGCCAGUGGCAGUCAAUGGCAAAAAAUCAUCCACUUUGAUGUUAGAACCAGAAUCCACACAAGAAGUUAAUGUGCCAGAAAAACUACGCGAAACAUCCCUACCUGUUCAGGCGGAAGCGAGUCUUCUAGAAGACUCGGUAGCUGAAGCAACUCUGCCUGAAGAUAAAACUGAAACAACUCUUCAAGAGGACAUAGCAGAAGCUGAAACUACUCGUCCGGAGGAAAUAGCAGAAGCUGAACCCUCUUUUCCAGGCGAUUCGACUGAAACUGAACCUAUUCUAAUGAAGCUGAAUCAAUUCUACCAGAUGAAACAAAUGAAGUGGAUACAAGUCUUCCAGCAGACACAUCCCAAAGCCGAAAACCCUCUGGCAGAAGCUGAGAUAUCAGAGAUUAAAAAUGAAGUGGAAUCUGAUGAUAGAAAACUCCCACCAGUGCGUAUUUGUGCCGAAAAUGUAAUCUCGGAUUCUGAUGACGACGUGAUGGUCGUAGAUGACUCGAAUAUGGAUGAAUCAGACUCGGAUUCUGAUGUGGAGGCGGUUCCAGUCCCGAAAGAUAGAAACACCUUAGAUAUUAUCAGAGACCUGCUGCGGAGUGCAACUCCUCUGAGCAAUCUGCCUACCAGAGGCGAUACGGUUCUGUUUAAGCUGCUAAAAACCAAGGGAAUCGCGAGUUCCGGGACAACCGAGUUUAUUGCCGGGAACUGCACCUACGUCAACCGCCGUACCAAAACAAUUACAGUGGAGACCAUCACAUGUCCCUCUGGAAUCGGACGUAUUAUGAGACAAUAUUAUGUAAGCGGUUUAGACGAAUCCACUGAAGAAGUGCGCUCUUUAAGCGUUCAGCUUAAGGACAUGAUAGAGGCCAAAAUCAUUGUAGCCACAAUCGACUGA